AUGCAGCGGUACGGGUGCCAAGACUUCGUCGAGGAGAUUGCUCAUCUCCAGAAGCUGGCCGAGAUGCUGCCAGACUCACCAGUCACCGAGAGCAUGGCCAACACCUUCAUGGCUAAGAUCCAGGGAUUCCAGUCCUGGUCCUCGGAGAGCAUCUGCCAAAUGCUUGCCAAGGCCGGCGAAGCUUCCAAACUGCCAGAGGCCAUGAAAGCAAAGAUUCUGGACACCAUCCAGAAUUUGUCCAUGAACACCGGCUCCCAGCUCAAGUUGGUGAACACUGGCCAGUCCGUCCAGCGGCUGUGUCCAUACUUGACCAGGCCAGACUGGGUCGCUUUGUCCACCCUCACGAGCCAAACGGACCAGCUGGAGCUCUUAGCCAAAAGACUCCGAGCCAUGGGACUGCAUUCUUUAAAAGAAUGCACCAAGGGCCAAGCGGUCGCCAUUGUCUUGAUGGUGCAAGCUUCGCAAGGCAAGCCAAGCCUUUCGGCAGCUGCCAUCAACUCGGCAGUCCAGGACUUCGGAAUCAUCUUCCAGUCCCUGCCAAGCAGCAAUUGCCCCGGCGCCAGCAGAUAUCCAGACCAUCCAUCAGAGAUGGGCCAGCUUUGGCUCUCCAAGGCCUAUGGUCCAGGCGACCAGCCAGAUCUGCAGGACCCAUGCCUGGCUCCAUUUUUGAAGAAAGUGCCUCUUCGAAGCACCCAUGCUUCAUUGGCCGGCGGCACCAGGUGCAGGUCCAAGCGGCCUCCAGCGACACCUCAGGGCUCCACCUUAAGCUUCGACCAGGAGCUGGAAAUGCUGAAGCUGCGGCAUGGCAUCCAAGCCCAAGCAGCCACACAAGGCACAGCCACUCUGCAGGGAAGCCAAGGGCCCACCGCCGCAGCAACAGCAGUGUUGCCUUGGCUGUCGCCGCGAAGCAUGGUCCAGUCCCACAGCCAGAGUGCUGCCAGCACAACUGCCCCUGGCCAGGUCUUUGGCCAGAGCACAGCAUCUGCCGCUGCUUUGCCACUUCCUCCGGCAAGCCCGCCUCCUGAAGCCACGACCAGAGUCGAAGCAGCUCCCACGGAGACGACUGCCAAGGAAGACAGUGCCAAGCAGGACGCCAAGACAUUGCAGGAGUACGAGCAGGAGCAGUUCCAGAAGCUGCUGGAUGCCAAGGCCGACAAGAAGAAGAAGGCCAAGGAGGACGGCCAGGCCGACCAGAAGCCCAAGAAACAGCAUAUGAAGCGGCCAGCAGCAGCCAUGUCUACCCGACAAAGCUCGGCGAACCAGGGCACCACCUGCAACGGCCAUGAGGCUGGCAAAGGUGCCACCGCCGCCAAAGGCGGCAGCACAAAGAUCCUCUACGGAUGUAUCCGCUGUCGUGGUAAUGUUAAGGGAUGCUCCAGUUGUUGGGACCCAAACUUUCGGGGCACCCGUCUCCACGGCCGCCAAGCUUGGAGGGAGUACAUCGAGGCCCACAAAGCCAACAAGGCCAUGAAGAAGGCUCCCAAGAAGUAG